CUGGGGUUCAUAGUAUGUGAGUGGAGUGAUUGCAGAUGGUGGUGGAUGCAUGCUGACAUGUUCACUCCCACCCUGUUGGACUGGGGUUCAUAGAGAAUGGUGAGCUUGAUCACUGCAUGUAUCUUUGCAAUAUUGCUGAGGCAUUGUAUUAGGAUGUAGGUGCAGGUCUUCCCAUGUACUCUGCCUUUCUCUUAUUUCCCCUCCUGUAUCUCUCUCAGCAUAAUGUAUGGUUUCUGUUCAAUAUCCUGCACUUAUCCAUUGCCCAUAUGUUUUCCAGUUGGUUCAUCACUCUUUUUCCUAAUUCAACAUCAGUCACAUUUUUCCCUUGGUAUGUUGUCAGGUGGAACCCAUCAAACAUUGCUGCACUUCUAUCUCCAUCCCUACAUUGUCCACAUCACAACAGCAUCCACUGAAGGAACUUGCAGAACAUGGCAUUGG